AUGCUCCACUCCCUUGGCGUUCACACCUUGCAGCUGCUCACCCAGGCGGCCGCCUGCAUCCUCCUCUUCCCCCGCUUCCUGCUCACCGCCGUGAUGCUCUGGCUCCUGGAUUUUCUGUGCAUUAGGAAGAAGAUGCUGAUGAUGCCCACGGCGGAGGAGGCGGCCAGCGCCAGCGAGGGGCCGCCCCCCGACGACCCACCGGUCUGCGUGUCCGACUCCAACCGCAUGUUCACGCUGGAGUCGCUGAAAGCUGUGUGGCACGGUCAGAAGCUGGACUUCUUCAAGUCGGCGCACGUGGGCUCCUUAGCCCCCAACCCCGAGGUGAUCCAGCUGGACGGGCAGAAGAGGCUCCGUAUCCUUGACUUCGCCCGCGGCAAGAGACCUCUCAUCCUCAACUUCGGCAGCUGCACCUGACCCCCGUUCAUGGCCCGCCUGAGGUCCUUCCAGCGCCUGGCCGCGCACUUCGUGGACAUUGCUGACUUCCUGCUGGUGUACAUCGAAGAAGCACACCCCUCCGACGGCUGGGUCAGCUCGGACGCAGCCUACAACAUCCCCAAGCACCAGUGCCUCCAGGACAGGCUGCGGGCAGCUCAGCUGAUGAGGGAAGGGGCGCCCGAUUGCCCCCUGGCCGUGGACACCAUGGACAAUGCUUCCAGCGCCGCCUACGGUGCCUACUUCGAGAGGCUCUACAUCAUUCAGGAGGAGAAGGUGAUGUACCAGGGAGGCAGAGGACCAGAGGGCUACAAGAUCUCGGAGCUGAGGAGCUGGCUAAACGAGUACAAAACCCGGCUCCAGAGCCCCAGCACGGUGGUCAUCCAAGUGUAA